AUGGCGGGUGUAAGCAAAUGCAUGAAGUACUCCAUGUUCAUCUUCAACUUUUUGUUUUGGGUGUGUGGUUGCAUUAUUUUGGGAUUCUCUAUAUGGAUACGUGUUAGCAGUGCUCAGCAGGGGGUGGACAGCAGCUUGCUUGGAGGAGUUAAUCUACUAAUAGCCGUGGGCGCCAUCAUCAUGAUCCUUGGGUUCCUCGGGUGCUGCGGUGCUGCAAAGGAGAGCCGCUGCAUGCUGAUGUUGUUUUUUAUUGCACUGCUUCUGAUACUGAUUCUUCAGAUCACAGGAGGUGUUUUAGGAGCAGUAUACAAACCUCAGGUUGAAGAAGCCUUUAACCUUACUCUAAGCGAAAGUGUGAGGGCACUCCAAAGUACUACAGGAGAAUAUAAAGAGUAUCAGGAAGAUUUCCAGAAGCUGGAGAAAAAGUACCAGUGUUGUGGAUUACAGAAUGGACCUGGAGACUGGGGAGAAAAUUUUGACAAACAAAAAGACAUCUGUCAGUGUGAACUAGAGAAGCCAUCAUCAGACGUUUGCAUCAAAUAUAAAGGCAGAGACAUCUAUAAAAAAUCCUGUGGAAAAGUGAUUAUGCAACAAAUUAAAGACAAUCUGGUCAUAAUUAUGGGGAUUGCCUUUGGACUGGCUGUCGUUGAGAUUCUUGGUUUGGUGUUUUCUAUGGUCCUCUACUGCCAGAUCGGGAGCAAAUGA